UUCAGCUGCGGCUGGGGUCGGGACGAUUCAGGAUUUUGAUUCCUGGAUUUCUUUUUAUAUUAUCAAGCCAAAACUUGCCUCAAUAUUUCACCAGUGAUGCGCCAGAGAAUUGGUCAUGAAGCAAGCAUCCCCCCGCAUCCUCGCAAUUGCAAAUGCUCUUGCCGUGGCGUUGGAAGCCGAUAUCCCCUCCUCCCCGCCUAAACUCUGGUUUUGAGUCCUUGAUUCUGAUGUCCCAGGGAAGGAAAGCUUGCAACCAACGCUAGCUCUUUCUCGACGGUUAUUGGUUGGGCCGGCGGCCAGUGGGAGCUUUCCUCUGCCUCCUCUCCUCCUGUUGGAGAACCCGAACAACCAUGCCCGUUGCCCCAAUUUUCGAUGGCGUCCAGCGUGGAUCUAUCUCAUCUGCUGCACUAGCCAAGCCCCUAAACCAGGGUUUUCACGGGCUUGGGAAGGGAGGGCAACGUAAUCAGGAUUCAGCGGGCCCUGGUUAGGGGUUAGACAGUCUGGGCAAUGCUGGGCCUUUCUUUCGUUCUUUCUUAUUGCUUUUUGGUUUUUGGUUGGUUCAACAGAUAGGACUCCGUACUCCGUAUGUAUGGCCGAUACUCAAAAAGUUGCGACUGAAAUACAUCUACGCUGUAAGCACAUUGACAAACGAAAAUGCGGGAUGCACUUUCUGGCUCCUGACAAAUUAUGUAUUUUGUGACUUUAAACAGUCUCGCUGCCCGCUUAUUUCCAAUGGAGAUGAGGUUCGUUUGGUUGGGUUUAUCAUGGACUUGGGCCUGGCGGCUCCAAAAGAUUGAUCCCUUGUCGUUAUUCAGCCUUAUCGAGAUCUCCCAGUGUUUCGUUCGUCGUCGUGGCCAGUUGCUGUUUCCUUCUCGGCUCCGACAGGCUAGCGUUUACUAUGGAAAGCGGCACGUCUUCGUGGGAUUGAGAAGCACUCAUUAUUGGAGCGAUAGCAGGGACACGUUGCUUUGCAUUCUUCUGCUGGGCGAUAAGAGUCAGAAAAGCCAGGAAGCGACAAUCCCAUACCGGGUCGGAUGCAUAUCUCUGUCGCUACGGAGUAGUCGUACAGCAAACAGAGUGACUGCUGCCAACAUAGAUAAUAAUACAAAAAACACGCGCGCGUUCCUGACUUGCAUCAGAGACAAUCUGGCGGUUUUUGAUCGCCCUGUGAUCCGCGCCAGCUUCUUAGACGGAUCUAUCGAAAAAAAAAUAUGAGACAAGAAAUCGAUCGGGCCGAAAAAACGUGGUUGAGAAAGGCUGCUGUGGAGUGUCAAGAAAAGUGAACAGUGCCUGGCGGCAGAUCGCCAGGCGCUUGGCUGAUGAUUUGCGAGGCCCAUUUUGCUAUUCUGAUAAAGAUCCGGGCGAUCAUAUUAACGCGUUCUCUAGAUAUUAUUAUUUCUUUAAGGGAAGCUUUCUGCCGCCUUCGCGGGAAGAACUGUGAGCCUGAAGCUUUUUGAUAAGCUUUCGUAGGGUUUGCAGCCACUCCUUGGAAUGUAAUAGUAGCGGGACGGGGAUAAUGCAACUAUAAUGAUAAUGAGAAUGGUAUUAUUGCGGCACAAUGACGCCAUAUUCCGUCUUCGACUGUGAAUCAAAUAGUUAAUUGUUUGGAAUGAGGAAGCUUCUGUGACCUCGCGGCCCUUUUAUUCUUUGGCAGAAGAAGCAAGAUUCAAACGCCCUACCGUAAUCAAUCAACUAUUUCCAGCUUGCAGGAAUUAGAACAUGGGGGGACCCAGACGUUUCUUCUACAGCAUUGUAGACAGUAUCAGUAUCCUACUUCAUAUGCCCAUGUAGCCCCUAUAC